GCACAUAGAUAUGCCAAUUGCCCUCAACAUUAUCUUCUAAUGUUAGGAAUGUUCCAAGCAUCCUUUGACCAUUUACAAAAGGUGAAUAACCAUGUCUUAAGGACACGUUUUUUCUUACCAAAACGACUUCGUUCCUUCUCGUCUUCUUCUUCCUCUCCAAGCUCAACAUGAAAUCCAUUUCCAUGGCCAAAUCCUACCCAUGUUGUCACCUUCAAUCUAAAGGAGUUGGAGAGAGGUAGACAAAGAAGUCUUAGGGUUAGCUAUGGAUCAUAUACAGUCAAGGGAAAGUGAUUUCGAGAUAGAUUUGGAGAGUGGGGGAACAACUAGUGAUGAAGAUGGAAGUAAUAACUAUGAUCUGACUGGUGAAAUUUCUAAUAAAGAGUUGUAUAAAGCGGGGAGUGGGCUUCGUGGAGUUCAAUUAUCCAAUGGAUCUGUAAGAAGCCAAGAUGGUUCAAAUACAUAUAAUAAGAAAUUUAGUGCUGAUGAGCUUCCUGUUAGGUGUACAGAAAUUUGGUCAAAUAAAAUCAGGGAAGAGAUGGAAAUUUUGAGGGACAACAAAAUGGAUAUUGACAAGACAAAGAAGCCAAAGCCUCCUAAACCACCUAGACCCCCAAAGGGUCCAUCAUUAGAUGCCUCUGACGUUAAGUUCGUCAAGGAAAUAUCUGAGCUUGCUAUAUGGAAGCGGAGAAGGACCGAAAGAAUCAAGGCAUUGAAGAAAGUUAAAAAGGAGAGUGGAUCAUCUUCGAAGAUGAAUAUAUUAGCAACGGUGAUCACAAUUCUGUUCUUGUUGGUUAUUAUAUUUCAAGGUGUUUUGGGCACUCGUGUAUGACAUCAGUGUGUAUGUCGCCUUUAAUUCAGUGAUCAGGGUUUUGUGGAUUUGGAAUGACGGAGGAACUGACUCGAACAAGUAAAAUCAUUUUGAAUCUUUUGACAAAUAGUGGCUGCUUAUUGUACAGAAAUGUAACAACUACUAUGGAUUUUGUAAAGAGCUCCUGAUAUUUGUAGGUGCUCUUAAGUAGCUAGAAAGAGGCACUCUGAUUACAUGCCCCUCGGAGCCAUGCAUGAUUUUGGUGUUGUACUCUGGGAAACAAGAAGUUUAGAAAAGGGUCAUUGCAGAGCUUCACUUGCGGAAUAGAAUUAACAUAUCUUGAUUUGAGAUAUGCGCGGCAUCACUGUUUAGGUCCUAUUAACUCUUCGUGUAUGUAUGGCUCCUUUUCUCUAUGUGAUUCAAUUUGACUUUUUU